AUGUCUCAGGCUGUGCAGACGAAUGGAACUCAACCAUUAAGCAAAACAUGGGAACUCAGUUUAUAUGAAUUACAACGAACACCUCAGGAGGCAAUAACAGAUGGCUUGGAAAUUGUGGUUUCACCUCGAAGUCUACACAGUGAAUUAAUGUGCCCAAUUUGUUUGGAUAUGUUGAAGAACACCAUGACUACAAAGGAGUGUUUACACCGUUUUUGUGCAGAUUGCAUUAUCACAGCCCUCAGAAGUGGCAAUAAAGAAUGUCCGACAUGUCGGAAAAAGCUAGUUUCCAAAAGAUCACUAAGGCCAGAUCCGAACUUUGAUGCACUCAUCAGCAAAAUUUAUCCAAGUCGUGAUGAGUAUGAAGCUCAUCAAGAGAGAGUAUUAGCCAGGAUCAAUAAGCACAAUAAUCAGCAAGCACUGAGUCACAGCAUUGAGGAAGGACUGAAGAUACAGGCCAUGAACAGACUACAGCGAGGCAAGAAACAACAGAUUGAAAAUGGCAGUGGAGCAGAAGACAAUGGUGACAGUUCUCACUGUAGUAAUGCAUCCACACACAGCAAUCAGGAAGCAGGGCCUAGCAACAAACGGACCAAAACAUCAGAUGAUUCUGGGCUUGAGCUUGAUAACAAUAAUGCAACAGUGGCAAUUGAUCCCGUAAUGGAUGGUGCUAGUGAAAUUGAGCUAGUGUUCAGGCCUCACCCCACACUGAUGGAAAAAGAUGACAGUGCACAGACAAGAUACAUAAAGACUUCUGGUAAUGCCACCGUUGAUCACUUAUCCAAGUAUCUGGCUGUGAGGUUAGCUUUAGAAGAACUUCGAAGCAAAGGAGAAUCAAACCAGAUGAACCUUGAUACAGCCAGUGAGAAGCAGUAUACCAUUUACAUAGCAACAGCCACUGGGCAGUUCACUGUAUUAAAUGGCUCUUUUUCUUUGGAAUUGGUCAGUGAGAAAUACUGGAAAGUGAACAAACCCAUGGAACUUUAUUAUGCACCCACAAAGGAGCACAAAUGA